AUGCCACCCGGUGAGGCGACUAGAACCCGGUACCCGGGGCCAUGGACGAUGGGCGAGGGGCUUGGGUUAUCUGCUGGCUUGACUGGCUCGCUGGCGCAGACCUGGCCCCGGCAGAAUGCCCCCAGUGCACACGACGAGCCAAGUCAAUAUGAUCCGAUGCCCGGGCCUAUCAGCGUCUGCUUAUUGGCCUCGCAUAUGAAGCAGACGAGGAGUUGGCCUCCCCUUGCCUCCGCCCUCUGGCCCGCAUCUGCUGCCACAGGGGCACGAGGGUGUGAAAAGGAUGCGCAUAUGGAUAGUGCAUAUGAUACAUGCUGGUUCCUUCAAGUGCCAGCCUUCACAGCCCAUCCCCUACCCUCGGUCCACCGUGGCUCGGGUAAUGCCCCCGGGACCCGCUAUGGACUCCGUACCCUUCAGGCCAUCCCACGGACUCCGCAUGCCAACUCCCUCGCGCUUCUGUGGUUCCAUUGUACAGAGUACACGCCCCGCCCGUGGAUUUUGGCCUGGAAUCUCACCCUCGCCAAUCUGCCCGUCUUCCGCAUAAACCCCCCUGAUCCCUCAUCCGACGCAUAA